AUGCUAUGUGAUCAGUUGAUCAAUCCAGAUGCCUCUAGCGCACCAAAGAAGGCCAAGGAAGUAGCCACAGCAGGCGGUGCAGGAAUGAUCGUGGCCAAUGAAGAGCUCCUUGGAGCACAACAGCCGUUUCCCUACAUUUUACAAUUUCCCGCUAUCACUGUAAGUUUCAAAGAUGGAAGCAUAGUAGCCGCUCCCAUCGUGGCUGCAUUUUCAUCAAGGGGGCCGAGUGAAGCAUAUCCUUCUGUUCUCAAGCCUGAUAUGCUUGCUCCUGGUGUCAACAUAUUGGCAGCAUACGCUAGAGGUGUGGACGAGUACUUAAAUUCGGGGACCUCCAUGGCCUGUCCUCAUGUCAGCGGCAUCGCAGCGCUCAUAAAAGCCAUCCAUCCCAUGUGGAGCCCUGCCGCCAUCAAAUCUGCUCUCAUGACCACUUCCUACAUUGUGGAUAAUAGAAAGCGGGUGAUCAGAGAUUCAGUUAGCAUGGAGGUAGCUGACUCAUUUGAUAUGGGCUCCGGACACGUGGACCCAAGAUCUACAAUGGAUCCUCGGCUUGUCUAA